AUGGCCGAGGACCGUUCCGCGCGUAAAUUGGAGGCACGCACGAACGGGUUUUCCGAACGUUACGUAGGAUUCACAGUUUCCAGUGGUGUGGCAGUAUUGAGUUGCACAGAUUGCAGUGGAAGCAGUACCGCAUCGAGUGAUAUAACGGAUCCGGGAUCGCCAUUCAGCACAGCGUCGAGUCAUUCUGAAGAUUCAGCAUCACAGCCUGCCAAAAUGCCUCCUACACAAUCAGCGCACCAUCCACCGUGGCCUUGGGUUAGAGGCGAAAGUCCACCUGUAAAAAGACACACUACGGAUAAAGCCGCCUUUCCCAAAAGAAUAAAGACGGAUAACGAGAACGCAUCGUUCAAGAAGGAAGAUCAAAAGACAGUACAAAAGGAAAAGGAAGGAAACAAACUACCACCAGCAUGUCUGAGUUCAUUGUCUCAUAAUUCAUUGCAAAUGAAAAAUGAUAAUAAAUUAAGUAACGUCACGACUGAAGUAUUAUCGAUAUCGGAUUCUAAUAUUAAAGCACCUAGUUCAAAUCCGGCUCUGGUUACGAACAAAAAAGUAUCAUCGAAGAAAGCGGAUCUCGCGGCAGCAGCUAAAACGCAAGGGAAGAUCACCGAAUAUUUCAAAGCGCAGAUGAAAGCCAACGGGAUAAAGAAGGAGCUCUCUAAUCUAAUUACAAAACCAAACCCAACAAAAAAUCCAAAUUUGCACAAGUAUUUUUCGCUGGUCGGGGGACUGAAACCAAACACGAAUUUAAAAACGCAAAACCAACGUAAAAUCGAUGUGAGGACUGUACAUACAGCGGUGAAAAAGAUGGCUGUCAGUGCCAAAAGUAGAAAAUUAUCAUCAGUUACUGUUCCUAGAAAAAUUUUACCUGCCCCAAGCAAAGUAUGUGAUAAAGUUACAGUUAAUAAUUUAAACCACGUUAAUGAAGUGAAUACGUUCACACCCACAGUUACACUAACAACACUAGCACUUCCUCCAAAUCUGGCCUAUCUUCAUACAAAAACACCAAAACCACCCGACAACUUCAUUCUGCAACAGUUCACCACGUUGAGUAGUGAUAAAAUUAAUACCAUUCCACUAGUGAGUACGCCGUGUACGAUGAUUCAUCCGCUUCAGAAGAUCACCACCAUAAACAACUUUAAUUGUAUUAAACUAAAUGCGACGGUAGUGCCUAUCGUGAAAUUAAAUACCUUGCCUUCAAAAAUAAACGGGUCAAACUUUGCACUGAACGUCGAUGCCGGUCUUCCCACGGUUAUACCGACGAAACCCAAAUUGAACGAGUGCAACGUUCCAACAUUUAUCAAUUCUAACGUGACAGGGUGUAAUACAAGCGUGAGCGCGUGUAAGGAAGUUAGGGUGGAAGAAACAUCGCCUGCCAGUUCAGAUAGUGGUAUAUCUUCGACGUGUAAAGAACAGCUAGAGAUUUUGGUGAGCCAAAAACCUAGCGUCGAGUCUCAAAAGUCACCAAUUUUGUCUCAGCCAAAGACAAUCAGGUUUCCGGCUAAACAACAGGAUAGCUCAGAGUGCAAGGAAUCGCGAAGUUCGCAUUCGAGCGAUUCCACGUGUUGUCGGUGGGCCGAAUGUCAUUCGCAAUUUGAUACCAGUGGGGCCUUAUUAGAACAUCUACAGAUUAAACAUGUGAUAUCGCAAGCAAGUCAAGAACACUACGUGUGCCUAUGGCUGGGAUGCAAAGUUCACGGGCGGACCUCAUGUUCCCGCACUUGGUUGGAACGGCACGUUCUGGCCCAUGCAGGGACGAAACCUUUCCGAUGUAUCGUGGAAGGUUGUGGUAUGAGGUUUAACUCUCAGUUAUCUCUUGAGAGGCACGUCAACGGCCAUUUUAACACGGACGGUACGCAAAACGCGAACGCCAACAAAAAAUCGGUUGACAACAAUUCGGCGAAACUUUUUAAGCGCAACGGAAAGAAGAUACGAUUCAGGAGACAGCCUUGGUCAGCGCGCAUGUUUGACUUUUUUGAUAACGGAAUUAUGGAGGGAUUGCAACAUCAACUGCUAACCAUGACGGAAACGCGAACGUUAGGACACAACGACUCUGUGCCGGGCGAUAACAUUCGACUGCACAGUGAGAUACUGGCGAGAAGAAUUGAAAUUGAUGGAAAGCGCAAGAUACUGAUACGUUGGAGACCGUCAAACAUCUUACCGGACGAGUGGGUGCACGAAAAGGAAUACAGUCCUUCGAAGGUGAUCUCGAUUCGACAGUUGCAACCGAACGCGUUAAACGAAUUAAAUCCAAUUUUAUUUCCACACCAUUCCAAACGUCGGCAUAAACAGCGUCGUAAACCUUCGAAGUGUACGUGAUAUAAAGCCAUUAAAUAAGUAAUAGACAAUGCUGUGGGAACAUUUUUCAUUUUUGUAACUAUUCUGUUUAUUGUGAUUAAUUUAUUUAUUUAAGUUUCUCGAUUAAUGCAAAUAUAGAAGAAAUCAUUGUAAGGGAUCACUUUAAUGUAAAAUACGCAUCGUUUGUGAGUCUUUCACAUUGUACAGUAGGCUGUAUGUAUUGUAAGUAUAGUAAGUUAGGUAAAGCACGGGAGACUACUCGAUUGUUGGAAGUGCACGAGACUGUCCGACCGUUUUACAACCAGCCCUUAGACACUGCCAUGUCACUGGUUAUAGUUGUUAGUAAUCGACUAGACUAGCGCAAUUAACAUAGUCACAUACAUUUUUAAGUUGUUUCAUAGUGUACUUUGUAUGUCGCAUUUAUUUAUGCAACUGUUGCUUAUUCUAUUUAAUUGUCAAAUGGGAGCAUCGCCGAUCUGUGUACAAUUCAAAUUUACUCAUUAUACAUAAGGCAUUCCCCAAAGUCGUAACGGUGCUCUUGUUUGUCACCAUUGCAACUCGAACUUGGAGUCGUUCCAACUGUAAUUAACACGUUCGGGUUACUUUUAUAUGAUUUAAUGUAAUUAUAUAAAGAUGUGUGAUUUUUUGAACUAGUAUUUGUAAUAUGUACGUGUUUGUUUACGAUUUCUUUUUUUUAAAUUUAAUUCAUUUAUUUGUAAGUACAUAAUCAAUCACUGCCAAUUGACUGCCAGAGAAAAUGCAAAAAUAGCAAAUUAGAAAACUGCCAUGAUGUUUAGUUGCUUUUAUUUUAAAUAAAAUUUUGUGUUAGCGGUGCCAUCUUAAUAGAAUUUGACUCGCAAAGCGUAGAAAUAUCGAUAACAGAACAAUCUAGCGUAUUUUGUGUAGUAAAAUUUAAUUUACUAGGUAAGCGUAAAUAAAUAUUUAUUUCUUAUUAGUUAUUUAGCUUAAUCCUCUGUUAUCGUAUGCUUAAUCGAUUAUUUUUUUAGUAACAUUUUUUUGGGUUCAUGGAUUACUUUCAAAAAGUCAUAUUAAAAUGUAGGUACUCUGACCAGUAUUUGGUGCUGUAUUAUUAAAUUAUUCAAAACAUUUGUCAAAAGAUGCUGUACUUCUCUGUGUAAGUCUGACACAGUGUGGGGGGAAUUUAUGGGAUCAAUUUCUUUUGAUAGUCAUCUGCACCAACAAAAUUACUGUUAUUUUUUUAAGUAUUUAUCACUGUAUAGUAUAUCGGAUACCCUUAUACCAUGGGAAUACCUGGAAAGGUUUAAAUUUUCUACUUUUCAUUGGCAGUGAUGCAAUUCCAUACAUUGAAAAGUACUGGAAUAAGUACCUCAUUGUUAAAAGAUUCAAAAUUACCAAUAGAUCAAAAUUUAAUGUACGAGCAGUAGUUACAAGUUGAACUAAGUCAGAAUUGAACUUGUUUUAAUAUGACAAACAUGAAAAGUAAUUGACGUGGACCAUCCACGUGGUGUGUUCAUUGUAUACUUUUAUUAAAUAAUUUAAAUAAGGCUUUUUUACCGUCUGUGACACACUUGAUCUCUAUAAAUUUAGAAAAAUGAAGUUGGACAGAAUUCAUUCCAAGAGAUCAUUUUGUUUAGUUUCACCAAAAUCAUCUAUCCCUGUACUUAAGCUUGCAAAAACUCCAUUUAGUUAGGCAAACUUGGAAUGUUCCAUUUGCUCAUCGUUUUUAAAAAGAAAAUAGACUGAAAUAAUUCGUUUCAUUAUUAUUUAUUUCCAUAAAUUGACUGACCUAGUUAAUAAUAUUUUUAAUUUCGACAGUUGGCUUCUUUACAUGGUUGCUAUUUGUAAAGUAGGUACGAUCGUUUAGCGUAAUCAUACUUUCAUUAAUGUACACGACUACAAAUAUUAAUCAUUGAUGUACAAAGAGCUUGUACAAUAAAUAUUUUUACAAUAGCAGUUCGAUGGCAGAAUCCCAAUAAAAUUGUAAUGUAGUUCACAAUUUAGGCUAGAAAUAUUUGUAUCUACCGAGUGACUAUAUAUUAUAUAAAAUGCGAAAAGAAUAAUUUUAUAAACUAUUCUUUUACAUUGCAUUUAGAACUGUCUCAAAAAUGAAAGACUGUUUCAAAUGAUAUCAAAUAUCAUGUAGGUAAAUUAAUUUUUGUUUUUUUGUCAUUACUUUUAACAUAAAUAUAAUAUUGGAGAUUGUUCACGGUUUGCACAUUGUUAAAACUAGGUAGAGCAAAGGAUUUGGUACGAAGAUGUCACUUUUUCGAAUUUUAAAUGCUUAUAUGGAUGUAUAACGUAGGCAAGUAAUGCUAUGGAAUCAUUACCAAAAAUUAUAAUUGUUAAGUUGCAAACUCUUAUUAACACAUGUAGCAUUCUUUUGUUGUUUUACACCGGUUAUUCGAUUAUCCUCUUUGGUAAUGGUUUCGUGGAAAUGUUUGAAUUUUAUUAUAAGUGUUAGUGGCUGAUUAGAGUAUUUUAAUAUAAAAGGAAGAAAUGUGUAAAAAGCUUACUGAAUGUUAAUGAAAGUGUGACAAAUAAUUAUUGAUUAAUGAUUAUUAUAAAACCUUUAUCCUAAUUGGUGUCUUACAUUAAAUUUUUGUAGUAAAAUGCGCGGACUAAAUUCGGAUCCGGCAGUUUACACUUGUUGGUUACUAUAAAAAUUUGUGUAGGGUGUAAAUGUAACCAGCAAAAAUUUCAAGAUGGAUUGGUAGAAAUAGCACAAAAUGUAUUGAUCGCUACAUGUAGAUAUAAGGGAUGGGAGAAUGACCACCAAUUAAUGAUUGAUCAAUUAAUCAAAUUGUCAAUUAUUUACAUUAUUUUAAACAAAAUUUCGAGGGGUAAUUUGAUUAAUAUUGGAAUCAAACGGACCGAUUGAUCCAUGAGUUGAUCUCACGAUCAAAUUGUGGAUCGAUUAAAUCCAAGCUCUAGUAUAGAGAGAU